GAGUGUUGCAAAACCUCGUCAUGACUCGAUGCUGCUGUUAGCAAGUAGCUGGCGCAGCAGUCCGCUGACUGUUGAGUCAACAGCAGCAAGAGAGCGAGACACACACACCGACACACACACACACACAACAGAUGCAAUGACACGGGCACCGGACCGCUCCUUCGACGACUGACAAUCGCCUCCCAAAGAUUUCUUUUUUAUACGUUUGCUUAGACGUUUAUAUAAAUUGAUCGCUGAAUGCGUCCAUACUUGUGCGAGCGAGUAAGCUUGCUGCUGAUUUUGAUCGAACUUGCUGCAAGCUAGCUGUUAGCUGGCUGGCUGGCUAGCUGCUAACCCUGCAGGCAUCCAAGUGGCCGCACAAAACAUGUGGAUCGUCGCGGCGGAGACCCCCGGGACCACUCUAGCUUUACUCCGCGGGACGCGAGUUUCAAGCGGCCGCUGACUGGACGCCACCAAAGCCUCUGUGGAGGAGAAAGAGCAACAAAUCUCCAGGACCAGAUUGCCCUCCCAACUUUUUGCCUCUCAGACAGACGGCGUGGGACCAUGCUGACCAUCCUCGCUGCUGGCUCCGUCUUCUUUCCGGGCCUCUUCCUCCUGUCCAAGCAGUGUCUCAAGUCCAUCCCGGCGCUGCGAUGGAGCGAAGGCGACGCCGUCAUCGUGUCGGCAAGGUUGGUGUCGUCGAUUCAGGCGGUCAUGGCUUCUUCAGCCGGCUACAUAAUCGCUUCUUCCUGCGAUGACAUCAUCGAGGAUCAGCACUGGCUGACCAGCAGUUACAUCUUGUUUGCCGUCCCCUACUUCGUGUACGACAUCUACGCCAUGUUCAUGUGCUACUGGUACAAGCUGAGGGUCAAAGGGCACGAGGAGGCCUCGGCCGCCCCCCUGCACGUGGCGUCGGCGCUGACUAGCUACCUGCGCCGCGAGUUCCUCAUGGUGUUACACCACGUCGUCAUGGUUACCGUCUGCUUCCCCGUUUCUGUGUUUGUGCGUCAAGGAAAGGGAGAUUAUUUCCAGGGCAUCAUGUUCAUGGCCGAGCUCAGCACUCCGUCGGUCUGCUUAGGAAAAAUUCUCAUCCAGUACAAACAGCAACACACACUCCUGCACAAAGUGAACGGGGCUCUUAUGCUGAUCACUUUUUUCAUCUGUCGAGUCCUCCUCUUCCCUUACCUCUACUACGUCUAUGGAAGGUACGCCUCCAUUCCGUUCCACUUGGUCCCCCUGUCGGUGCCCUGGCACACUAACCUCGGGGCCGCCCUGCUCAUGGCGCCGCAGCUCUAUUGGUUCUGUCUCAUUUGUCGGGGCGCCCUGCGACUCUUCAUGGGCACCUCCCGCUCCCAGAGACGGCGCGCGGCCACCACGGACGGCGGCGCGGCGGCCCAGCCAGCCAACGGCUUCCGAGUGCCCUCCGCCGAGCCCGACUUGGCCACCCACUGAGAGGAGUCGGGGGCGGGCGUGGCAGGAGGGAAGGGGGGGGGGUAGAGAGGCGAAUGUACCAGUGUCACGGGGUGGGGAGACAAGUAGCAAAGCGGCGAAGGUUAAAAGGCUACAGACGAUGUCCUCAAAUAGCGCUGGAGUCUUUGCAGGCCGCUCGCGGCAACCGCCGGGAAAGUCGGCUUUGCUGGCCUUCAAGCACUUCAGCCUCUCACUUUGUAGGCGUAAACAAAAGAGUGCCGUCGCUCUCUGAUGAUGUCAUCGGGGCACUGUGACAGGAAGGAACGCGCACUGACCUGAGAGGAUUUAGCCUGGAUGUAUAGCAAAGCAUAGGCCACCUUUUUUCUUCACGUAGAUCAAAUCGUGACCUCGCGGGAAGAGCAGGUCCGUAGGAAUGUAUUAUAGUGUAUGUUAGAAACAUUUGCUGUAGACGGACGGGAGUUAUAGCAACCGAGACGACAAAAAAAAAAAAAAAAAAAAAAUCCCGGCUGAAGCAAAUUCCGGCUUCUUAGUGUUUCUCUGUAUCCUCUAUGUAGUCACUGUCACUCUAACAUGUACGAGCAACCCACAGACUUGGAGAUCAUCUCGUAGGACUGCAUUCUGCUGCCUUAUCCCCCUUUUCCCACAAUUAUUUUGCUCUUUGUUUGAUUUUCUUCCUCAGGGGAGACGGGGACAAAUGUGACGGGUGUGUACAUUGCGCCGAUUUCCAUGUCAGUGUUAGGGCAGUGUUCCGUUUUUUGAAGAAAAAAAAUAAUGUUUUCAUUUAGUGUUGAUCAAGGACGCCUCACCUCCGUCGGUUUAGACAAACGAGCCCCGAUUCCCUGGCGCAGCUACGUGUAGAUACGACGUCAUUCCGAUGAUCGCAAACGCAACAGGGCACACUUUGAAAGGAUGGGCGCUGGAGUUGCUGAGCUCAAACAAAAUAUUUGUUCAGUUGGCCAAAAUAUCUCGCGCAUGGUCAUUUCUAAUAUUGUCCAAAGGCAUUAUUAAGGGACCCCCGCCAUGUUGCGCUUUGAAGGGGAAACAGUAUUGUGGGGAAACAUUCCCUCGUAAUUUACACGCAGCCCGGAGUCACAAAAACAAACUUUUAUCCAGUUCAGUGUUUUUAAUUUAUGUAUUUAUUUUGCGACUUUUUACAUUGUGCAAGUUGCACCGCAGGUUCUAUGAACUUUUUUUUUUUUUAAACAGACCGGCUGGCUUAGUCACUUUAAUGUGUUGGUUUUAAAGCUGCAGCUGCACUCCCUUGGAAAUGGGUCAUGGCUAAAAAAAAAUCUAUAUAUAAUAAUAUAUAAAAGGAGAGAAAUGCGUGCCAAAACAUCUGGAAUACUAACCGGGCAUGUCGAACACAUUACCCACCCCUCCCAGCUCAACCCGAACGUACCGUAUAUUCCACCAAAUGCUUGUUAUUUAUUUGUAAGUAUGUAUUUAUUUAUUUAUUUGGUUUGUGGUUCUGAAUGCAUAUUUAUGCAUCCGUAUUAUACUCGAUGCUUCGGAGCCUGAUGUGAAGGCCGUAAUGUUACUCAAACUUAAUCGGAAAUAUACUUCUCUGUCCUGAUUGUCUCACGUGUUGUAUUUAUUUGUUUCUCUUGAUUGUCCGCACACCCCUGCCGAAAGAAUAUAGGCCUGUGAGUAUUUGUGUCUACAUGUUGCGCCACCAUUUGUGAUUGCUGCAGUGCUUUAAAUACUUACAUUUUUUUUGCUGUUUAUUGAUUAUCCACAUGAUUAACUUCUAAUGUCUGCAACGUUACUACUUGGUCAACAACACACCCAACUGUAAGUCAUCGGUCGUCUCAGGUUAGCAUGUUUAUUGCCAUCAUACAAAAACAUAGAAAACAUAGAAAGCUUGUAACAUUAAUAAGAAAAGAUCAAAUGAAAAAGCGCCUCGGAAAAUGUACAGGAACAAUCGUGUUCAGUAUCUCCUCUGCCUAGGUGAGAAGAUGGUAUUGGGGUUGCUGUCUCGCUCCCGUUCCUUGUCUCGCUCCUUCUGGCUGUUGGGCGACAACGCCGCCUCCAGCUUCUUGUCGUUCUUGAAGAGAUCUCGGCCCGUGCGCAUGAUGUGCUCCUCGAUUUUGCGGUGGCGCUUCAUGUCCGACAGCACUUUGUCCAUCCUGGCCUCCCUUUUCACGGACGAGCGAGCUGAUGACCCUGCGCGGGGCCAAGGUUCAAAGUUAACCAACAAUGCAACCCAAAGGAGAACUUCAGCUUUCCGUGUAGUCCUUCCAGCAUUGAAGCUUCAUGGAAAACUUUUUCAAUAUUCUACUCCAAUCGCUUUCCAUAGAUAAUAAAUUUUGGGUGGAGUGCUCA